AGAAAACAUUGAUGUGGAUCAACCCCUUCUGUAAACACGGUAAAAGUAACGGAUCCUUGCAGAAGCACAUUUUUAAAUAAUUUUAUGAAAAUGCUGCUAUUAUGAAGUGUAGUUCCCACUCCUUCUCUUUCUCUUCACCCUCUGUCACACACAACAAUAAAGCCACUCCUACUUAUUGAAGAGAAAACGGAACACUCUCUCGCACUCUCUCUCUAUUUUUAGGAAAAUGGCCGAGGCAAAAAUUUCAGUAGAUCAGGAUCAGUUCCUCUGUCCAGUGUGUCUGGAUCUCCUGAAGGAUCCGGUGACUAUCCCCUGUGGUCACAGUUUCUGUAAGGUGUGUAUUAAUGGCUGCUGGGAUCAGGAGUAUCAGAACGGUGUCUACAGCUGUCCUCAGUGCAGAGACACUUUCACUCCAAGGCCUGUUCUCCGCAGAAACAACAUGCUGGCUGAAGUGGUGGAGAAACUAAAGAAGAACCCCGAAGCCCAGGCUACUACCUGGUACGCUGGACCUGGAGAUGUGGAGUGUGAUUUUUGCACCGGGAGAAAACGCAAAGCAGUCAAGUCCUGUCUGAUGUGUCUGGCUUCCUCUUGUGAAACUCAUCUGAAACCUCAUUAUGAAGUUCCUGCUUUGAAGAAGCACAAGCUGGUUGAAGCCAUAACACAGCUAAAGGAGAACAUCUGCUCUCGACAUGACAGACUCAUGGACAUCUACUGUCAUACUGACAAGAGCUGCAUCUGUUAUAUGUGUACCGUAGAUGGACACAAAGGUCACAACACCAUCUCAGCUGCAGAAGAACGAUCUAAGAAUCAGUAUAGUGUACCAGACAUGCAAAAGAAAUCCCAGCAGAGAAUCCAGGAAAAGCAGAAGAAGGUGCAGGAGCUGAAACAGGCUGUGAACACUAUAAAGUUAAAAGCACAGACAGCAGUGGAGGACAGUGAGAGGAUAUUUACUGAACUGAUUAGCUCCAUGGAGAAAAAGCGCUCGGAGGUGACGAAGCUGAUCAGAGCUCAGGAGAAGACUGAACUAAGUCGAGCUGAACGACUCCUGGAGCAACUGGAGCAGGAGAUUGCUGAUCUUCAGAAGAGACUCACUGAGCUGAAGCAGCUUUCACACACACACAAUCACAUCCAGUUUCUCCAGUGCUUCCAGUCUCUUUGUGAUCCUUCUUUUUAUAAAGACUCCAAAAACAUUACCAUCAAUAAGAAUCUCACAUUUGAGAGAUUAAAUAAGCCUCUGACUGACCUGAAACAACGAUUUGUGGAGUUCUGCAACAGUGAAGUAAAUAAAAUUCAUCCACAUGUUACAGCAGUUCAGCUGCUUAUCUCCUUAGAGCCAAGGACCAGACCAGAGUUUAUGCAAUGUAAGUCUAACUUCCAUACACUUAGCAGAGCAGUGAACACUGGGUGAUGUUUUAGAUUCUGUUCAGGAAGUAAAAGUCAUGUCCAAAAGUUU